AUGAAAGGUGGGUCCCCCGUGUUCCGUUUGUGCAUCUGCUGGAUGGUGGUUGUGAAGCUUUUGCUAUACUUCGUGGGAACCCAUGCCAGGAGAAACACGCUACCGAGCGAGAGGCACAAAAACAUCCUAUCGAAUGAAUCUUACCUACAUGGGAAUAGGGUAAGUGGGGGAGUUCCCCUGAAUGGGCAUAGAGAAGCGCGCAGGAAAAACUGGGGGGGAAAGGCUCACCCAUAUGGGUACCUCUUCAGCAGGGCCAUUUCCAACCCGGGUAGGAAUGUAAACGCCCGGGAAGGACGCAAGGAAAGUGCAGAAAUGAAGAGGAAAAACGCACUCUACGCAGAGAACUACAAAAUAAGUUUAACGGACAAACCGAUCAUCGAGGAGGUACCCCGAAAUGUGAAGGGAAGAAUAAACGAAUGGAUACCCGAAUUUGAUCAGGAUAACAAGCUGGGAUUUUUCCCAAUCCUGUUGGAAGAGAUGUCCAAUGAGCCAUCGCCACUACAAGUAGGGUUCGAAGACUACAUGCAAUUCAACGGAGAAAACGUAGAAGACAUUUUUAAAAACAUGACUAGAGAAGUAACAAUAAAUGGAAGUAAAAAAAAAAUUUUUGGCAUGUGUUUUUUCAAUCACAAAACAGGAGUCUUGGCCCCAUUGGCAGUCUAUGCAGAAAUUAAGGACGUGACAAAAGUGGGAAAUAAUUUAGCCGUUAAGGGUAUAGUAAGGGGUCGAAUUAUAAUAGAAGAAAUUAUUUCCCAGGAACCAUGCAUCUUAGGGAAGGUAUCACCAAUUGAAGAUAAGAAGGGAUUGACAGAUCCUGAGGAAAGUUUAAAAAUGGUGGAUGAAAUUAUUAGGAUUCAUUCCCAGUGCACAGGUUUAGAGUCGCAACUGAUGGAACAACUGGAUCAGUCAUUUGCAUCUAUGAAUAUAAAACUGAGGAACGACUUAAAAGAAUCCAUAGAUGCAAAACUGGAGAAAUUUCAAGUAGAUCCUUCUGAUCCUGAGCAAAGACAAGCUUUCGUACAAAUUGCCUCCUUUGCGGCUUUCGAUUUUCACCUUAUGAUUGUCGAUAGGUAUGAUGCCUUGAUGCUGCAGAACUCGGAGGACAGACUCAGAUUCGUUCGAGAUAAAAUUAGACAGAAGCAGAAACAGCUAGCCAUUAUUAAGAACACGCCCAAGGAGAAGCUCCAGGAGAUCCUCGAGCAAGUGCAGAGCCUAAAGAACCAGGGCGCACCGGGCGCCAAUUUUAAUGCGCCCCCGGGGGAAGCAGCUCGGAGAGGCGGCUUAUGA